AUGCAGCCGCGGCACGUUGCCGAGAACCGGCUUCUGUGCUCGGAGCUGCAGCAGGUGGCUUGCACUCUGAAGGAGUUCAAUGAGUACAGGCAGUAUCUGACCACGCUCAAGCUGGAGGCAGAGAAAAUGCUCAUGCGAGAGGAGUGUUUGUUUCUUGCUGUUCCCUGGCCUGGUUUACCACCCUCCACGGUGAACACAGGGGGUUUUGAAGUCCUAACUUUUGCAUUCAGACUGGCGAGCUCCUUCCCCAUCCACCCCGGCAGUGCCCUGAGACGCGCGCAUGACUCGUACUCUCUCCGGGCAGACGCCGUGGAGCAAGACCACAUCCUGGUCUUGCAUUACUGUGCAAUUGGAAUUUGUUCUUCAAUCUCCCUCCUGCUAUUCCUGCUCUUCUGCUGCAUACGGCUCCGGGGUGCGGCUCAGCAGAAGAAGAGGAGAAUCAUCACACAGCAGCAGGUCUCGAGUGUGGAGGAGUCCCUCACGGAAAGCACUGCGGUGAGGGACAUGGCAACCACUUAUGCCACAGUUGGAGAGAGCUUUGAACAGCCGCAGCCGAGACCGACACCGGAGGUCGUGUACAUAUCCGUAACGUCUCCUGGUCCGCCAGGACCGGACGCUGGACCCUACCACCUCCCGGUUUGACUGCGGGAGCUGCCUCGAGCGGGAGCUUUGCAGAAGGUGGUCGUGCCUUCAAGCGAAGGGGGUGUUUUUGUCACUGAUGCUGUCUCUGCUGAUGCUGUACCCUCGGUGCCCCCCCUCCAGCAGCUCUGCACACUGAACCUGGGCUGUAAAGGAUUUGGAGCAACAGAGUAGAGAAGUGCAUUAGUUUGCCUUGAACUGCACUCUCUCUUGAAUUUGAGGGAUGAGCUGAUCUUAGUUUCUCCUUGAGACUUCCUGAGAGUACGACGACACCUGGUGUAAGAGAAAGAUGCCCAAGGCAAAGGCAAAUCAACAGUUCGUCCGUGGGAAGCUUGAUUCCAUAAACUCACCUUAAUUUGAGGGGUAAUGGAGAGCAUUAAGUGGAUUUUAAUCAUGUGUCCCAGGUUCACUACCAAUAGUCUUGUCACAUUAAAAGAAUAUA